CAUUCUCUAUAAUUCGUUUGUGCCCUCUUCCCUCUCUCUCUCUUAACAUCUUGUCUCGUCUCUUCUCUGCGAUACAGCCGCAGCCCUAGUCAUGGCGCUUAACGGACUCAGAUCUUCCGCCUCAAAGAUCCUCACUUCUCUUCCCAAUUCAGGUGCUAGAAGUUUCCAUGCGAGUGGCGUGAAGAGGAUGGGAGGACAUGGGCAUGACGAACCUGCCUAUAUUCAUGCUAAACACAUGUACAACUUGGACCAGAUGAAACAUCAAAAGAUUAAGGUUACCCUUGGUGUCUUGACUGCCUUCUCUAUUGGCGUUGCUGUCCCAAUUAUUGCUGUAGUCUUCCAACAAAAGAAGACUGCUUCAGCCUGAUCUAUAAAUCGACAAAACAAGAUUUACUGAAAUGGGUUUUCCUUCCAUUUUGCUUUGAGAAGUGGUUUUGUAUUGCAUUCUCAACAAUAAUAUGCUGAAACUUUAUUGGUUUUAGGUUAUUGUGUUAACAAUAAUAUUGUUUUAAAGGAGAUCAUAUCCUCUUUCAUAUUUA